CAAAGUUCAGCAAAGGGAUGAGGGAGAAGUGAGAAGUGAUGAAGAAGGAUACCAGGGCUCCUGGUACACUGCAGUAAUUGUUGAUUCCAUUUGUGAGCAUAAGUUUUUGGUGGAAUACCUGACACUACGAACUGAAGACGAAUCUGAGCCCCUUAAAGAAAAGGCACAUGCUUCUGACAUUAGGCCCUGCCCUCCUAUAAUUCAAAGAAUUGACAGAUUUAAAAUGGUUGAAGAAGUUGACGCAUGGUAUAAUGAGGGAUGGUGGGUUGGUCUUAUAUGCAAAAUCCUUGACGGCUUAAAGUACAUGGUUUAUUUUUGGACGACAAAUGAGGAGCUGGUGUUUGACCAUUUCACUUUGAGACCCCAUCAAGAGUGGAUAGAUGGGAAAUGGGUCAUUGCAUUCAUGAAAAAAUCUAAACUCCAACUGAAGCCCAAACUGAACUUAAAGAGACGGAAGGGUGGAGUAGCCAGUCAUACAAAUUUUUGUGUUGGAGCAAAGGUGGAGGUGAGGAGUGAUGAAGAAGGUUACCAGGGUUCAUGGUACCCUGCUACGAUUGUGAGACCUCUAGGAAAUAGGAAGUAUUUGCUACAAUACCAGACUCUAGAAACUGAUGAUGAAACUGACCUUCUGACUGAAGAAGUAGAUGCUCUUUUUAUAAGGCCUUCUCCCCCAGUAAUCCAACAAGCUGAUCAAUUCAGGCCACUUGAUGAAGUUGAUGCUUGGCAUAAUGGUGGAUGGUGGGCUGGUCAAGUGUGCAAAGUCCUCAUAGGUUCAAAUUAUAUGGUCUACUUUCGAACAACAAAUGAGAUCUUGGAAUUUCAGCAUUCUGAUUUGAGGCCCCGUCAAAACUGGCUAGAUGGAGAAUGGAUUGCUGCUAAAAGGGGUCGGUAUAUUCAUGAUCAGGACAAAGCAUGAUGAUAUUUACAGACUUGAACAAGCUCCUCGAAGAUCUUGCACUUUUCUCGUUCAUAAAAACAUCAAAUUGUGCAGCGAAACAUCCCCAAGUUGCCUGACUUGUACAUAUAGUUUUACGUUAUCAUUCGACAUGUACAUGAAUAGUAUGAUCGACAAACUUGGAAGAGCUAAACUUUCCUUUUGUUACUAUUAUGGCUUCUUAAAUACAAUA